AUGAGGUACUUCAACAUGUUCAUGCACUAUGUAAGUGACUUCGUGGUUACGUCUACUCCUUACAAGGAGAUAAACAAAACCGUUAUGGAGGGUGGCGACCCAAAGGACUUCUUCGAUAAUGUCACUAACCAUGACUUGUUCACGUGGAUGCAUUACUAUGCUGCAAGUAACAUCAUUUUACCUCAUGAUAUCACUGAUGCUGAAAUCGACUUCGCACACAAUGGUCAGGGAUUUCCCUCGUGGCAUCGGUUGUACUUGUUGGCAUGGGAGAGAACCUUAAAGGAAAUUGGCAACGAUGAAGAAUUUGCCCUUCCUUUCUGGGACUGGACUGGGAAUACCGCUCAAUGCGACCCCGCAAUUUGCUCUAAAGAGCUCCUCGGUGUAACGGACCAAACUACUGGCAUCGUGAAGGGCAAAUACUUGGAUAACUGGUACGUCCUUUGCACCAGCGAACAAAGCCGUGUAACGCUACCAUAAGAAGAGCUGGAUUAACACGGGACACAGAUGAUGAGAAGGAGAAGAAAAAGGAACAAGGAUAUACUAUGACAUUUCCAACAAAAACAAAUGUCAACUUUGCGCUCCGUUUUGAAACCUUUGACUUCCCAACCUACAACAAAGAGUCUAGCUGCAAUUUUGAAAACAUCCUAGAGCGUUAUGCCAGCACCAAAACUGGUUUUCGCCUUCCUAACUUCCACGGCUUGCACAACCGGGUCCACAUAGUUGUUGGAGGAGAAAUGUUUGAAGUACCUUCGGCAUCAAACGACCCGAUCUUUCUCCUUCAUCACGCGUUUGUGGAUCGUAUCUAUGAAAAAUGGUUGCGGAAGUUUAAUAAGAGUGCGAAUGUGCUAUCCACUAACGAUGCACCCAUUGGUCACAACAGAGAUGACGUCAUUGUGCCGUUGUUUCCGGUUUACACUCACCAACAGAUGUUCAAGAAAUCAUUCGAGUUCGGUUAUGAUUACCAAGACGUCGAUGAAAAAGGUGAGAAUGAAUUUUUUGCUUUCCAUUGUAUUUUUGGUUGACUUUUGUGUGACUAGUUAAUUAUCAGAGUCAGAACUCCUCUGCUUGCCCAAUGUUUUUCAGGCAAUGUCCGUGUUUUGAAUUGGUUAAAUAAAUUCGUAAAACCAGCCGGCAAAAUUGUCGUUUCACCACGUGGGAUAAAGCCGGCGUGAUAUGACACUUUGCACUGGCGGGGGUACGCCCCCCCUUCCCCUUAUUUGGGAAAAGUGAAUACCAUAUUUCCUCGAACAAACGCCCGGGCGGUCAUUUAAUUUCGGCCAAAAGGGUGAUGGGGGGGAAGCGCUUAUUGGUAGGAGGUCGCUUUACCGAGGGAGCACUUAUUAAGUUAGCGCACUGAUAAGACAAAAAAAAUCAAAAGAACAGGUGAAACACAUAGAGGAAUUCUACGAGCGCACGAAGACGGGUAUAUGUGGAACGGAAAAUAAACUCGGGAACUGAAGCUCAAAAAGUUAUAAAUAAAGUGGCGAUAGAGACAGGUUUUCCUGGCAUCACCACUUUUUAAGAAAGUGAGGAAGGGGGGAACGGUUACUUCAAUUUAUGGGCUAAGGAGUGGGCGCUCAUUCGAGGAAAUACGCUGCUUACAAUCCUUUAAAGAUCCAUUGAUUCGUGAGUGUUUUCCGCUUCCCCCAAUGUUGGUAUUUUCAAUAUCACAAGAAAUUGAAAGUUUCAGUGAUCUUAAACAAACAUUUCUUUUUUGUCUCUGGAAAAAGUUAUGACAAAUUUAGUUUCUUGCCUUCCAGAUCGAUGGUAAGAACACGUCUUGGAGAGAGAUCUCUGAGGAGUGUGCUUACACAUUCACUUAAUUCCAACUCCUCCGCUUCCCACCAUUCCACGUCUCUCCUCUCAUAUCUUGUGUAGUUUGUCCACUAUAACGCUUGCUAUCCAAAAUUCACAAGAAGUACCUUUGUUUAGGCAGGUCUCCUGAUGACGAGAAAGAUGAUGAAUCAGAGUCUUUGGGAGAUUGUUUAACUCGUCCCCCUAUAUCUGCAGCGCCUGGAGAGCUAAUGUGUUGGUGGCUGAUGUUAGUCAUGUUAGUAUGGCAGCUACUGUUGGCUGAUUGA